CUUGAAUCUGACCAUGUCGUGAAGAAUUCUGCAAUACAGGAUCUGCAAGGAAAAAUAGAAAACAUGACUGCAAAGAAAAACAAUGGUUUUAAAAGUGCUGGUAAAUCACACAGCGACGAAACUUCUACCAUAUCACAAGUCUCCCAGAAGAAGAGAGGUCAACAUAAGAUGGUGGGAAGAGCAAGCGCCGAAAGCAAGGUUGCAUUUUUUGCCUCAGUUACACCCAACCUUGAACAUUUGGGUAAAGAUCAAGAUAUCAUAUUUGACCACGCUGUUACAAAUAUUGGUAAUGGUUUUCUACCACACAACGGAACAUUUGUGGCUCCAGUCUCUGGAACAUAUGUAUUAUCUGUUACAUUACUCCACAUAGCCGCAACGAAUACCUGGGGUCAUUUGGUUGUUAAUGGAUCAGUUGUUGCAAAAUUUUAUUUCAAUAACGGACAAUCCUCUCAGACAGUUAUUGUAUAUCUGAGACAAGGAGAAGACGUUUCAGUACAAAACACAGCGACAGACCGGAAGAUAGAUGGGGACCGCUACAGCACAUUUAGUGGAUUUCUGUUGUAUGAAGAUUUCUCUGUAAACAUUGUUGGCUAAAUAAAAUUGAUUGA